AUGUCUUUUUCUAAGUUAACCUAUCAUAAAAUUAAAAUAAAACAUAAUUUUUACAUAUAUUUAUAUUUAUACUCAUAUUUAUGA